CUACUGGAUGCGGGGAGCCUCCGCGUCCGCUCCGGUGCUGGGUUCGAACCUAGCCACACCUUUGGCGGCCUGGACCUCUGGGCCCCGGGCCCGGCUCAGACACACCUCUGUGUGGUCCCUGGAGCCCCUUGCGGUCUUUUCGAGGGUUUUGACAUCUCGCGCUCCAAACCUAAUAGAAGAGCUCUACGACCCCGGAAGCGCUUCUACGCCCACGCCCGGAAGUAGCGAAAAAGAAAGUGCGCAGUAAUCUCGGAAGCGCGCCACGCGGCCCCGAUGCCACGCCGGGGCUUUUGCGAAACCUGCGGUUGUCGCCAUUUGCCACGGCGCCUUGGAAUCCAAAGCCAUCGUGGAACUUGGUCCUCCCUGGACACGGCAAACUGUGACGGGUGGCUGAAAGAAUCGGGCAAGGCCCCAAAGAGGCCAGAGCGGCACUCAGGUAGGGCCCCCCCCCGGUAAAUGCAGGGGCCCCUGGGAGCCCGCUGACGUGUCCCGUCUAGCCGGCCACUUCGUAACGACGCCUCACGUUCUGGAGAGGCCAGCGCCCUGCAAGUGCCUGAGAACACAGAAAAAGGACUUGCAGCGCCUUUGAGUUGCAGUUUUUCCCGGAGCGCGUCCUGCCAGGGAAAUUCCUCCCCACCGUGCCGCCAUUGCAGGUGUGGGUGCAGCCUUUAAAGACUGAUUGCAGGGAGCGUUCGGGGCUCCUUUGGUUGGCGGAAUCCCCUUAGCCCCAACCCAUCGGCACGCUGUUAAACCCCUUCUGGGAGAAAUGGCUUCUCUAGAGGAUGCCCGCUGCCUUGGGGGUAAGAUCCCUAUCCAGAGCUCCUCAGACUCUGAACCUGCAGCCAGAGCUGAGGGACAACACAGGGAGGCCGCGGACUCAAACAAGGUCAAGGGAAAGAGUGCUACGUUGCACGACCCGACCUCUUCUUCCAAUUACAUGAAGGCUCUCCAGGGCAUCCUGGGAAAAUUCAUACCAAAAGGACAGCCCUCCCGGGGUGCAAAACCGAGCACGAGCGAGCAUCCCGAAACCGGGGGAGAAACCGCCAGGAUUGUCACCUCUGCUCCUCGGGAAAUGCAAGCGUUGACCCCAGUGGUUAGAGAGGAGGAGAAGAUGCUGAUAGAGGUCAACAGUUCGGGUGACAGGAAAGUGAUCAUCAGUCCUCCGGAGAAACCCAGCAAGAAGCCCCCGGACAACCAGAUGGUGGUCGUUUUUGAAAAGGGCUCCCCAGGCCUCCAGUAUCUAGACAGACGUAACUCUUAUCCAGAAUUCCAGCAGUACAAAGAAAGGGAUACAGUGGCCGAGCGCCCCUCUCCGGCCAGUCUCUUGUCUAUGGAUGAGCUGGCUGCAAUGGGACUCUCUCAGAGGCCAGUCUCCCUGAGUGUCGCCAGAGCCCUGCAGCCUUCAUCCUUCGCCGCUAACCCGGUCGUGUACCGGCCUCCCGUGUACAUGGGUCCUCCUCUCAACUACGCCGGCUACCGCGGCAACAUCCUCCAGGCUUCCCACUACGCCCCCAUGGGCAACAGCAGCAACGUCCCCCAGGCCGUGAAGAACUGGGGAGGCUUCGGCGGUUACGCCCCCACGUCAGAAGUGUGCUCACCGAACUGGCCCCGAGACUGGGAGCCGUCAGGAGAAGAUCUGGCCCUGAAUUUCCAUGUGGUUCGCUUCCCCAGAAGCUCAGGGGAGAGCCGGGAGAGGAUGACCGUCCUGGCGGGGAUACCAUCACACUCUUGUGCAGGUUGUGCAGCUGGUUCCCCGCCAGGGAGCCCCUGGAAGGGAAGCCUGGGUUUCAUCGACACCCACUGUCACUUGGACUUGCUCUUCUCCAAGAUGUCUUUCCAAGGGUCCUUUAAGAAGUUCACGGAAACGUAUAGGCAGUCCUUCCCGAAGGAAUUUCAGGGCUGCAUCUCUGAUUUCUGUGAUCCUCGCACACUGAAGGAUGGCAUGUGGGAAGAUCUUCUGAAGGAGGAUCUGGUCUGGGGGGCCUUUGGCUGUCACCCCCAUUUCGCACGUUACUACAACGAGACUCAGGAGAGAAACAUCCUGCAGGCCUUAAGACACCCCAGGGCCGUGGCGCUUGGAGAAGUGGGUCUGGAUUACUCGUACAAGUGCACCACCCCUGUCCAGCAGCAGCAGAAGGUAUUUGAGAGGCAGCUGCAGCUGGCCGUGUCCCUGAACAAGCCCUUGGUGAUCCACUGCCGGGAGGCUGACCAAGACCUGCUGGCCAUCAUGAAACGAUACGUGCCUCCUGACUACAAGAUCCAUAGGCACUGCUUCACUGGCAGUUACCUGCUCGUUGAGCCCCUCUUGAAGCACUUCCCUAACAUGUCUGUGGGUUUCACAGCGGUCCUGACUUACUCUUCGGCCUGGGAGACCCGGGAUGCCCUGACGCAUAUCCCACUGGACAGAAUCGUCGUGGAAACGGAUGCUCCCUAUUUCCUGCCUCGGGGGGUUCCCAAAAGCCUUUGCCAGUAUGCCCACCCGGGCCUGGCCCUGUACACGGUUCGAGAGAUCGCCAGAAUCAAAGGUCAGCCGCUCACCCAAAUCUUGGCCUCCUUGCGUGAGAACACCAACUACAUCUACAGUAUUUAAGCAAGGAGGGAGUGGUCAGGCGUCUUCCAGAAAAGGGAGACCAGCGGCCUGACAGCACAGACUUGAUGUGAACUCUGCCUGCGUCUCGAGGUCAAGAGGUGUUCCAGAAGCCCACUAGAACAGAAAAAAAAAGACCGUGGCGGACUGUUUUCUUCAAAACCUCUUCGUAAGACUUCUCCUUGUGACUGGUGGGAUGGGGUGCAGGAUGGGUAGGGGGAGCUACCCUC